AUGUUAAAUCGACCUUUGCCUGAACAAAAUGUUGAAACCAUAAUGAAAAUUGGAUUCUUUCUACAUGAUCUUCAUAAACAAAUUGUCAAUAUGCAUAAUGAACAAUCGAAAACUCGUGAUCAUAAUAAAUUUAUUGUUUAUCGAGGACAAGGCAUGGCAUCUACUGAUAUAGAAAAAAAAGCGCUUCACAUUCAUGAGAAAUCGCCAACUACUGACGACUCGACUCUAGCAACUACAUACAAUAAUAUCGAUGUUGCUUAUAGAUUAAUAGAAGAUUAUACAAGUGCACUUUCAUCUUAUGAAAAAGCACUAGUUGUUCGAGAAAAAUCUCUUAUACCUGAUGAUUCAGUAUUAGCAUCAAUCUAUAGUAGCAUUGGAUCAGUAUAUCAUUCCAUAAAAAAUCUUCGUCUGUAG